CGCGCGAGAGCUGCAGCUGCAGUUUGACAGCGGCGGAGGUGCGCGACGAGUCUCGGCGGAGAUUAUGUGUUUAUAGAAAUGAUAUAAAUGCUCUUUCGCUGCAGUGAUCGCGCUGACAGCACCGCCAUCGGCUCACUGACGCCUCGACGCGCGAUGUUUGGCGAGCGCUGGCUGCUGCGCUUGAAGGCCGAUGUGUGAUUGGUGCUCUGCCGCUGUCCGCCAGCAUGGUCGACAUGGAGAAGCACUACAGCCCCCCGUCGCCGCUGGACGACUCCGUGCUGGACAGUGCUCUGUGCAGGGACUUCAUCGGGGGAAUGGAAGACCUUCAGGACAUCUCUCAGUCCAUCGAUGAGGACGCUCUCAGCAGCUUCGAGGUGACCGAGAACCAGUCGUUAGGUCUGGGCUCCGGAUCGGAGAGCUCCACUGCGUUAGAUGCGCUGACUCCCGCGUCCAGCCCGUCGUCAGGUGUGUACGGCGGUCCGGCGGGACAGGACGAGUUCACCUGCACCUCUCUGAACCUGGAGUGCCGCGUGUGUUCGGACCGCGCCUCAGGAUACCACUACGGGGUUCACGCGUGUGAGGGCUGCAAGGGUUUCUUCCGCCGGACCAUUCGCCUCAAGCUGCAGUACGAUAAAUGUGAACGACGCUGUAAGAUCCAAAAGAAGAACCGAAACAAGUGCCAAUACUGUCGCUUUCAGAAGUGCCUGUCUGUGGGCAUGUCCCACAAUGCCAUCCGCUUUGGGCGAAUGCCACAGUCGGAGAAGCUUAGGUUGAAGGCGGAGAUCCUAACGGGGGAACGAGAGGUCGAGGACCCGCAGCUGGCCGAUCAGAAAACCCUGGCCAAGCAGAUCUACGAGGCCUACCUGAAGAACUUCAGCAUGAACAAAUCCAAAGCACGGACCAUCCUGACGGGCAAGACGAGCACGCCGCCUUUUGUCAUCCACGAUAUGGAGACGCUGCAGUUGGCCGAACAGACUCUUGUGGCCAAGAUGGUGGGCUCUUCUGGGGCUCUGCUGAGUAAAGACGCGGAGGUUCGAAUAUUCCACUGCUGCCAGUGCACUUCGGUCGAGACGGUGACUGAACUGACUGAAUUCGCCAAGUCCGUGCCUGGCUUCUCAAACUUGGACUUAAAUGACCAGGUGACAUUAUUAAAGUACGGCGUCCAUGAGGCUCUCUUCGCCAUGUUGGCAUCAUGCAUGAAUAAAGACGGUCUUCUGGUCGCGUACGGCAGCGGCUUCAUCACCAGAGAGUUCCUGAAGAGCUUGCGACGGCCGUUCAGUGAAAUGAUGGAGCCCAAGUUUCAGUUUGCAAUGAAGUUUAACUCCCUCGAACUGGACGAUAGUGACCUUGCACUGUUUGUCGCUGCGAUCAUCUGCUGUGGAGAUCGGCCAGGCCUGGUGAACGUCCCGCACAUCGAGCGAAUGCAGGAGAGCAUCGUAAACGUGCUUCAUCUGCACCUCAAGAGCAACCAUCCCGACAACGGAUUCCUCUUCCCUAAACUCCUGCAGAAACUAGUGGACCUGCGGCAGCUGGUGACGGAGCACGCUCAGUUAGUGCAGGAAAUCAAAAAGACAGAAGACACUUCGCUGCAUCCCUUACUGCAGGAGAUUUACAGAGACAUGUACUGAGUCGCCUUUGGCUCUUUCUUCUGGUUGAUUUCUAGAAGACGACAUGCUCGGAGAGGGCCGUUUCUCUCAGGGGCCCUCAAAACAAGUCCCCUCCACAGCUACACUGUGAUCUUUUUUAAGGGGCGUCAUGUGAACCACUAUUUUUAGGAUUUCUGGAUGAAAACGCCAGGAACAUCAGGGCUCUUCAUUACCGUUGAGUUAAACAAUGCUUUCUGCGGUUAUUGGUUUAAGGAGAAAAAAAACAAGACAAUGCCAAUUAAAAUGCAUACUGUGGUUUUAGGAUUUUUGGAUAUUUUAUAAAUGCUUUCUUGGGCUUACUUAUCCUUGGGCCAGAUACUGUGAAUAGAAACCCUAAAAUCCAACUUAUUCAUACAGCAAUAUGAUUUUUUUAUAUUGACACGGUAACUUUUGAUAGUGUAUGCUUUAAACACGCAGUUUUCACCCAAGUGACUUCCACGUAGACCUGCCAUAACUAGUGAAACUGACCGUUUUGUAAAGCUACAGGGAUUUUGCCGAAUUAUAAUUUUUUUUAAUGUUAACCUGGGAGAACAUAAAAACGACACAGAAUUCUUAAUCAGUUUCCAGCUGUCAUAUUUCAACGUUUGCGAAUGUUUAGUGGCUUCUUUUUCCCGUUAUUGUGAAAAACAUGAAUUAUUUAUAGUUUUAUCUGCUCACUCCCAAUAUUAGUCUCAGUCCGUAACUGCAGUUUUCGAGUUAUAAAAUGCAGUGCUCAAAUACAAAGCAGAUCAAUACCCUCACGACCAAUGCCUUCUGACAGAGCACAAGUGCUCCAGGUUGUGCAGUUUUACAGUAACCUACUGUUUAAAGGGCUAAAGGAGCGAGGAAACAACAAGUGAGGCCUGUUACAGCAUUUAUACUGCAAGCGUGACACUGCAAAAUUGCAACAGUGCAUUUUCACUGGAUUUUUCCGCAAUGUUGGCUUUUUUGAAGCAACAUUCAAUAUUUGAGUGAACCACACUCCUGUUGUUUGAACACAGGUGUCUGUUGGGCUUGAUUCAAGUUAAACACAAAUUUGUUCUGAAUCUUGAGGUUUGAGCUUCAUUCUGUGUAGAAUUUGCAUGUUCUUCCUCAUGUAAAUUUGGUUUGAUGACAAUAACAGUUCUCAGAGAGCCCAUUUCUGGUAACCAUUUUAUAAUAUAUGGCCGUUUUUUAAAGGAAACAUUCAGUGCAGUGACCCAGAAAUCACUGCACGGAGUUGCAUUUGCACUGCAGCGAUGCGCUGCUGCUGCUCACUUGCUGCAGAUGCAAAGCUUAGCUUGCUUUUAAUUUCCUUCCUGUCUGAAGGAAAAGUUUCACACCGUUUGUCUGUCUGUCCCUCCAGCAGUCUGUCACACUUCUCCGUUCUUUACAUUUUCUCAGAACCACAGUGCCUAGUCUCGACGUCAGUGAAAAACAUCUCAUUGUUUUUUACUUCCCUAUAUAAACCAGGAACAGAAGCUAAUUCAAAUAUGUCUGUCUGAUACCGGCUUUUGUAAACGUAAAGUCUAUGUGUAGUUACCUACAUUAACAAUUUGUUGCGUAAGGUGGCCGUUCACAUUUUUGCAUUAUACUGUGAUGCUUUUCCGUAAUUUUUCUAUGUAAACAUGCGCUAGACAGACAUGUUUGACCACAGCACUCUCAUGUUUUAUGGCGACUCUCUCAUGAGACUGCAAUCAAGUCAAAACAAGUUCAGUUUUUCAAAACAGGUUUUGAGACCUUUCGUUUUUUUUUCCCAUUCUACUGCACUGUCUCUCACUUUUUUAAAGGGGUCAUAUGAUGCUUUUUUUAAAGAUCAUUAUUUUGUGUGUUUGGUGUAACAGAAUAUGUUGACAUGCUUUAAUGUUCAAAAAACACAUUAUUUUUCAAAUACUGUACAUAUUGUAGUUCCACUAUGCCCGCCUCUCUCAAACGCAUCGUUUUCUAUAAAGUCCCUCCUUCCAACAAGUGCAGUCUGCUCUGAUUGGCCAGCUGACACAGUGCAUUGUGAUUGGCCGAACACCACAAGUACACGUUGAAAAUGUAACGCCCCUUACCAUAAUCGCGAGCUUCAGCUUUCAAAUUAAAUAUAAAGACAGUUAAUAAUGUCCUUAGUUUUACCAUCAGUUCAAGCCCGAAAGGGGAACAGAAUCGCGUGACAGACAGUGAUGAUGCUCGUAUGUAUUUGCAGUACACAAGCCUCACUGUGAUGUGACCCUGUCUCUCUCUCUCGCUCUCUCUCUCACUCACUCACACACACACACACACACACACACACACACACACACACACACACACACAAUGCGUUACUCUUCACUGCGCAUAACUCUGCAUUUGAACAGUCAAUAGCAAAUACUUAAACUAUUAACAAAACAUACUUACAGUCACUGAUUCAGAAGCGCCAGAUUGUCAUAGCAAUGUCGGAAUUUACCCUUUUCUUUUUUUUUUUUAAGAAAUAGCCUUUCCACACAGCCAACCUUGUACUCUCCUAGGUUCAAAAAACUGUCGAAACUGUCGAAGGAAAACAAGAAAUCGCAUCAUAUGACCCCUUUAACACAAAAACAUACUCUGUGAACCGGCCCUGAGAGUGUAAUAGUACAUAAAGGGGCUUUUGAUGGAUUAGAUUGUGUAAAGAGCCAUUCUAAAAUUAAGCUACAAUUUUGAUUCCCAGAAAUAAUAUGGAGCCCCUAAAGGGACAUGGCGAUGCUAAAUAACAUGGUAUAGGAGAGAAAAAAAUAUUUGUUUGUAAAAUUAUUAGUUUGUUUGUUAAUUCAUAGAUUACAAAACUUUUGCGUUCCUCCACGAAAUGUUGCGUUCCAACAAAAAAUGCAGUACUUUUGCGAGAGUAUGCAAAGUUUCUCAGGGGAACACAGAUGUUUUGUGAGUGACCGCAAAGUUUCUCAAGGUAACAAAAUACUUUAAUGAACGAACGCAAAAGUUUUGUGAGUGACUGCAAAGUUUCUCGGGGAAACGUAAUAGUUUUACUAGAAAGCGCAAAUGUUUUCCAAGUCAACGCAAAGCUACUCGGGGGAUCGCCAAAUUUUUGUGAGAGAAGGCAAAAGCAUUUGUCAUCCCAUCUCAUUUUUUUCCAUCACCAUGUCCCCUUACGGGCUCUGUAAAACAACACCUUAAGUUAAUUUCUUGUGAAUGUGAAUAUUUAGUUUUCCUUGUCACCAGCUUUACUGUUCCGAAGUUGUGAACAAUUACUAGCAAUAACUUAUUAUUGUCUAUUUUCACUUCAAAAAAGCUACUUUUUGCAUCAGGGAAAAAGUGUAAUGAUUUAUAGUAAGUACUUGGAAAACGCAUCUUGGAUUGCAAUAAAGCAAGUGAUUCGUUUUAAAAAUGCGUUCACACAGACAGCGAUUAAACUGCUGGAGGUCAUCGAGUCUCUUGGCUGCUAUUCGUUCCACAGCAUGUCGCAUCUCAUUUGCAUUAAAUUGAAAGCUGCUCAUCAACAGUCACCAAAAAAAUGACAUACAUCUUAUUCAAAACAAAUAACUUUAGGUCGUAUUGUUGCUGCAAAUUGUUGUUAAUCUAAACAUCCUGUGUCACAUUUAUACGACGCAUCCAGCUGUACCCGUGAACCCACUUUCCUGCAAAGGGAUGCACUUAAACUGUAAGGUUAUGUUUGUAACUGGAAAUGCUGAAGCUUUGCAACCCUGUAAAUAGCGGACGCUUGAUCCAGAUAUCGUUUGAUUUUUUUGAUAUGCUUUUUAACGGCUAAGACGUUGUAUGCAUCUAGGUAUAAUGCACUACCGAGAUUAUGAUAUUGUUGAUUGAAAUGUAGUCUUUUUAUACUAAAACAAAGGUAUCUUUAUUAAUAAAUAUAAAUAUAUAUAUAUAUAUAUAUAGAUAUAUAGCAGAUGUUGUGAAAUUAAAGUUUUAUGCAGUGCAAUGUAAAUAUGGGGGAAGAUUUGUCAUGGAACGACAUUUGCAUGGGAAUUAAUGUCGUAAAUUCCACAUUCCUUUUUAAUUCAGCGUGAGGGCCUGCACAUUUCCACCCUGAUUGGAAAGAUAAAUGGAGUGGCUCAUAAUCCUGAAGAUUUCAUUAUGUUGUAUGAGUUCUACUAAUGGUGAAUCAUCCAUUUUUACUUCUUCUUGACUGUUCCUCUUGACUAGUAUGACAUAAGUGAUCAUUUUUAAUGAAGCUUGUUUCUGUCAUGGGAUAAAAAAGGGUAAUUGCAACAAAACACUUGGCACUCUUUUUUUCUUCUUGUUUUGUUUCCCAUUACAUAUUUUUGGGUUACACUUUAUUUCGAUAGUCCACUUUAGACAUUCUACGAACUAUAAGUAACUUUGUAACUACAUGUCAACUAAUUCUCAUUAAUUUGCAGCUACAUGUCUACUAACUCUCAGUAGGGCAGGUUUAGGGUUAGUAGAAUAAGUUGACAUAUACUUGCAAAUUUUCUCAUAGUCAGCAUGUUGUAUGUUGUGGACCCAUCAAAAUAAAGUGUUAGAAGAUAUUAAGCUGACAGUCUACUAAUACUCUAAUGACUGCUAGUUGACAUGUGACAUUAGUAGAAUGUCUAAAGUGGACUAUCAAAAUAAAGUGUUACCUAUUUUUGUAAUAAUCCUAAAUGGAAAAAAAAACUGUAUCAUUCAAAAGAUAAAA